AGUCAUCUACCAUUCAACAACAAAUGAAUAAGAUCAAUAAGAAGACCUAGUAGUAAGUCAAGAUGAAAGGAGAUAACGAUUCGCUGGAAAUACUACCGCAAUCCAAUUCUAAGCGUAGUCAAGUCCACACGUGUUUACGGAUCAGUUCAAAAAUGAAACUUUCAUUAAAAGUCGGUGUUGUAUUUUUUGCUUGUGAGUGCUUCAUCCUUGGAAAUACGCUGCUUUAGAGAUUAUUACAAUCAUAAUUAUGAAAAGUGCAAAUUGCAAAGCUUGGAAUUCUCAUCCACUCAAGCUCAGUCACUUAAUUUUCCGGUGUUUGCUGGAUACGAAAUGAGUGACUGCACUGUAGAUUAUCUGUCACCAGAAAUAAUGGACCGCAUGAAAUGGAUAAGUACUCUGUCUAUAACCCGUGGUGACAUUUCGAAGAUUUAUCUGAAACCCGAUUUACUAACCUUAACUGCACAAGAAAGCAAAACAGUGGAGAUAGUGAUAGAUUACGGGACCAACAAUAAUAGUUUGACUGAAUUGGAAAUCGUUUCAAAUUAUUUGAAUGCCCUACCAGCCAACAUUAACCAGCUGAAGUCUCUUUCAUUAUUAAACCUCAAAAAUAAUGCAAUCCAGUACGUGAAUUUUAGUGAUUUCAAUGGAAUGGAUAAUCUUACAGAGAUAAAUCUUUCCUCUAAUAAAUUGUACGCUGUAGCAUGCGACCGCAAAAUUAUACUCGAUAAACUAGAAACCCUGGAUUUGUCUGGCAACUUUCUAAUUGAGUUGGACUUCAACAAUUGGCAGUUUUCUGCCUUGCGCACUUUGUCUGUUGAGUCUAACAACUUGAAGUUUAUUAUGAACUUCGAUGAAACAUCGUUCCCAAUGUUAAAAGCAUUUCAAUAUUCUGAUAACGCAUGGGAUUGCCGCUGGCGAAAUGCGUUCGAACCGACAAUGGAAAUUAUUGAUACAAAUAUUCGUUCACAGUACGACGAAUAUUAUGGGAACAGUCAAACUUUCAAGUGCGCAAAAUACACACAACUGAGUGCCAGUCGCUAUCGCCAGCUGAAUUUGACCACGAUCGAUGAUGCACAGUUCAAAUUUGAUAACCCGGAGGAGCUGGAAGAACAACUUCGUACCAUUGUAGAGGACAGCACUAACCACGCUGCCGAGAUUGGCCUUCUGAAAGAAACAGUAACUGCCCAGAAAAAUCAAUUGACGAACUACUGAUGCAAAUCCUCGAACAGCAAACCCUUCUGAGUAGUUUGAGCAGUGAAGUUCAGUCUUUGAAAGAGCAGCUGCAGUCAUCGAAGCUUCCGAAAAUUUCCAGCAGCUUGCCAGGAAGUUUGGCGGAGAAGAUAAUCCUGGAGGUUUCCUACAUCAUCAGACAAAAUAUUCCAAAUGAUCUUUGAUUCGUUGUCGGAAGAUUCACUUAAGUACAGAACCUGUAUGUGAAAAUCAAUCAAUAAAGCAAUUUUUAGAAUAACUCGUA